GCAGCACGUGUCAGCGGUGUUUAUGUGCGCGUUCUGGAGAAACGCGUGCACGCUUUAUUAUUAUUAUUCUGUUUCUGCUAAACUCGCGAUGACGAACUUCAGAUUCAUAGAUAUCGGCAUUAAUCUGACAGACUCGAUGUUCAGAGGAGUCUACAGAGGAACUCGGAAGCAUCAAGAUGACUUUGCUGAGGUGGUGGAGCGAGCGCUGCAGGUCGGCGUUCAGAAGUUCAUCAUCACUGGAGGAAACCUGGAGGACAGCAGAGCAGCGCUGACACUCACACACACCAGAGAGCAGUUCUUCAGUACAGUGGGCUGUCACCCGACGCGCUGCUCUGAGUUUGAUGAUCAGGGCUCAGAUCAGUAUCUCUCGUCUCUGCUGGAUCUGACCGUCUCUAACAAACAGAAGGUGGUGGCUGUGGGAGAGUGCGGCCUGGAUUUCGAUCGUGUGGAGUUCUGUCCUAAAGAGACGCAGCUCAGAUAUUUCCAGCUUCAGUUUGAUCUGGCGGAGGCGUCUGGAUUACCCAUGUUCCUCCACUGCAGGAACGCUCACACAGAGUUCAUCGACAUCAUGAAGAGGAACAGACAGCGGUGUGUUGGUGGAGUGGUGCACUCGUUCGACGGCUCUCUGCAGGACGCAGCGGCUCUCCUUGAUCUGGAUCUCUACAUUGGUAUUAACGGCUGCUCCUUGAAGACAGCAGAGAAUCUGGAGGUGAUGAAGUCCAUCCCGUCUGACAGACUGAUGAUUGAAACAGACGCUCCGUGGUGCGGCAUUAAAAACACUCAUGCUGGAUCAAAACUGAUCAAAACCAGCUUCCCCACCAAGAAGAAGUGGGAGACGGGACACUGUGUGAAGGACAGGAACGAGCCCUGCCACAUCAUACAGGUGCUGGAGGUGAUGGCCGCUGUCAGGGAGGAGGAUCCACUGGAUCUCGCUGAAACAAUCUACAACAACACUGACACACUGUUCUUCAAGAACCGCUCAUGAAGAAACACAGCCUGUGUAUCUCACACACACACACACACACACACACGCGCACACACACACACAAAAACA